AUGCGCCACAUUUAUGUUGUUGUUUGUGGCGGUAAGAUGGCGGCGCUCGGAGACACCUCAGCUCCGGGGGUGAAUGGGUUAAUACAACAAUUCACAGCAAUAACAGGAGCCACAGAGAGUGUAGGAAAACACAUGUUGGAAGCAUGCAACAACAACCUGGAGAUGGCAGUGACCAUGUUCCUAGACGGAGGCGGGAUUGCUGAGGAGCCCAGCACCAGCUCCAGUUCAGCAGCUUCGAGCAGCAGAGCUCCCCCGUCAGAUGAAGUAAGAGCACCCAUUCCUCAGAAGCAGGACAUAUUGGUGGAACCGGAACCAUUGUUUGGAGUGCCAAAGCGAAGAAGACCUGCUCGUUCCAUAUUUGAUGGUUUCCGAGACUUCCAAACAGAAACAAUUCGCCAGGAACAGGAGCUGCGUAACGGUGGAACAGUGGAUAAGAAACUGAGCACCCUGGCAGACCUUUUCCGUCCUCCCAUUGAGCUCAUGCACAAAGGCAGCUUUGAGACGGCAAAAGACUGUGGACAACUGGAGAACAAGUGGCUAAUGAUCAACAUUCAGAACGUUCAGGACUUUGCCUGCCAGUGCCUGAACAGGGAUGUUUGGAGUAACGACGCAGUGAAGACCAUCAUCAGAGAGCACUUCAUUUUCUGGCAGGUAUAUCAUGAUAGUGAGGAGGGACAAAGAUACAUCCAGUUCUAUAAGCUCAACAAGUUCCCCUAUAUUUCCAUCCUUGAUCCCCGAACAGGUCAAAAGAUGGUGGAGUGGAACCAGCUGGAUGUGGCAUCGUUCCUGGAGCAGGCGACUGGCUUCCUGGCAGAGCACGGGCAGCUCGAUGGACCAUCGUGCCACGCACCCCCUGCCAAACGAGCUCGCUCUGAGAGUCUGAUUGAUGCCAGUGAGGACAGUCAGCUUGAGGCAGCGAUCAGAGCCUCCCUACAGGAGACCCACUACGAGUCCUCAAAUGCCCCCGAAGCCCCAGAUUCCCCCCGAUCGGACGACGAAUCGGAUGCGGAGCCUUUUUCUGACAGCGAGGGUCCCAUCUCUGUCGAUGGCUCAGACAACGAAAUGCCAGCACCCCACGAAGAGAAAAGUUCCACCAGCAAACACACCCCGCUCCCUCUGGCCGCUGUGCCCCAGCAGCGUCUGCAUCCUGACAGUUCCACUUCCUCCCACAGAAAGUCUCCGUACAAAGAAAACAACCACAGUCACAAGAAAGAAGAGAGCAAAAAGAACCACCUGGAGCCCUCAGCUGCUGGUCCUCGUCAUCCUCAAACUGAAGCAGAUUCUGGAGGGAACCACUGUGCCCCAGCGGCCGAAAGCGCUGGACCUUCCAAGACCCGCACCACCCAGCCCUGUGAUGUGGACUGUCCUGAUGACAAUGGUCCCAAAGCCAGGUUGAUGCUUCGCUACCCUGAUGGACAGAGAGAGCAAAUUUCCUUGUCUUCUAAAGCAAAACUUUUGGCCCUGGUAAGACACGUCCAAUCCAAGGGUUACCCCAACGAACGCUUCGAACUCGUCACCAACUUUCCCAGAAGGAAGCUGGCGCACUUGGACUAUGACAUCACGCUGCAAGAGGCGGGACUUUGUCCACAGGAGACUGUAUUUGUGCAGGAGAGGAACUAGCCUUGUCAGACACACUCACUUUUGCUUGUCUGUAUCUCUCUGAUAGACCUCACCCUUUCACCAAUCAUCUGGGACGAUGUUACUGGCCUUGAUCCCAUAACCUUCUGUUCUACUGGAAUUAGGCCCCGGUUUUUGCCAAGACAACUCUUAGUGGAUGGACUACUUUCCCCGCCACUCCACUAGUCUGAAUACUGAUCUCUACUGACAGCCCAAUCCCUUUGUAGUGCUCUACAAUUGGCCAGUAAGGUGUUACAGAUGCCAGCACUCUUUAAUUUUUUUUUUUUUUAAUGUGAUUUAUUCUUUUCUGAUACAGGCUCAAUUUUGUUCUGAACACAUCGGGAUAGAAUAUAUACAAUACAACUCAUAUUCAAAUAAAAAAAACAAAAAACAAAAAAAUGGAUCAGUAAUUGAGGCACCAGGGACUUGUACAAUAAGACUUUCACCUCCCAGAAAGGAUGUUAAAUGUCGGAGUUAAUUUUCUAGCUCUUGUUAUUUUCUCUACCUGGGGACAGGCGAAGGGAGGCUCAUUCUUGUUCAUUUUGACCCAAAUUUGAUCUCUCACACGGUCAUUCUUCGAAUGACUGUAAGUAUUAGGAAUGUAGGGGCACAAGAGAAAAUGUGCAACGAUUACAAGUCAAGAAAAUCUGUGGCACACUUGUGUAGAUCUGAGCGGAUUUAGGUUGAUCUGCACAUUUUUACUCAAGUUUGUAUUGGCUAUUUAGAGACUAGUAGAUUUUAACUUUUGAUACAGAAGGGAAUGAAUGAACGGUGGUACAUCUCAUCAGUCGGACCUACACUGUACAGAGAUGGCUUAGAGAGACUGACAUUUAGCUGUAGUCACUGUUUCCUUUCUUUUUUUUAUAUGCUGCCAAGAAAAUAUGCUGAUGUUGAAAUAUAACCACCAAACCCAAGGGAGAUUCUGCUUGAUCCUUUUGUUGCUUUUUUUAGAAAUUAACUGGGUUGUCCUUUAAAUGAACGUCACAGGCAUGCUGUGACGAGACAAAUGUCACAGGUUACAACCCAAACCAGCGUGAAAACAAAUAUAGAAAUGUUAGAAGAAGAGAAAAGCAGCAACGCCUGAGAAUCGACUGCAACAACCGAAAACGCAGCUGUGUGAUGAGCUGUAGCUGGAGUACAUUUAAAAGACAUUAUUUCUCUGCAUUCUGUUAUGAAGAUUUGUUUCAUUAUUCAGCUUUUUUUACUCGAAUUAUGCCAGUAAGCCUAAUGUGGCAGCUUCAUAUAAUGUUUUCUUGUCAGUUGCUACCGAGGCCUGUGUGCCGGAUUGAUGUGAUCGCAUUUAGGCCUACAUCAAACAUGUUCCGUAAAUGAGACAGAUGACUGCAUCUGUAUGUGCAUCAGCUACCUCAGAUUUCAAACCAGUGCCUCAACAAUCCAGACAACUGAGACGGGAUCUGGAGGGAUGAGGUCUGGAGUACAUAGAGCUUUUAAAUAAGAUGCCAAAUGGACAGCUGGUGGCAGUAAUGCGCCUUGAAGGGCAGCAGUUAGGUGACGAAGAAGAAGACCACCCACCAGUGAAGGCUUAAAUGAGCUCUGCGCGUGUUUUAUGAGGUUGGAAAUGAAAAAUGCAUGUUUGUUCAGCUUUAAGAACGUUUUUGCGUGACAGAAAUCACAAGAAAACUUCACAGUGUACCUUUUAAUUUGUAGCAAUUGGUCUUGAGGAGCUUGAAAAGUCUUCUUGUUUUUUUGUUUUUUUUUUACAAGCGCUGCAGUCCUGCUAGAAGGGAGGUGAUGUGUGCUCCCGAGUCCGUUUACCAGUAUCAGAAUAGGCUAUGUGGUAAAAUGUCAGUUUGCAUCACACACUAUUCAAAUCCGUUUUUGAUUACAGAAGUUUACAGGGCUUUUAAAGAAAUGUUUAAAUGCUGCAGUUUGGAUCAUAUGAUUAUGUUCUAAAGUUCGUUAAAACGUUCAUUGUGAAUAAGGGGAUUGUAGCAGGAUAGCAUAUCUGAAUCACUGGAUAAAUACACUUCUAAGGAAUGUGGGUUUAAAUCUCACAGCUGUGACCAAUUAUUAUUGGU